AAAAUGAUAAAAAAAAAACCGUUUGAUGGACUUUUCCAAUCUAUCUACUUAUUUCUAAAUGUCAACUGAAUGUCUGGUUUACUCACAGCUGACAUCACAUGGACCUCGCAUUAUGGGAAUUCAUUAGACUACGAUCAUACAGGGAAACUUUUGAUUCUUAUGAGCAUUUUCUCUUUAGAUAGUGCAUGUUAUUGUGUGUGAAUUCCCCAUAAAAGGAGCCAUACAAAUGCGUUCGAUCGGUAUGUGCCCAAGCUAGAUUUAUUCGUGUAUGGGCUUGUGUGCAUACGAAUCCACGAGAAUUAUUAAACAAUUUAAAAACGAAAGUAUUGUGACGAACCAGGAUAAUAGAACAUAAUUGAAUCGACGAUACAUUGUUAGAAUCAACUAGACAGCGAAUUUGUAGUUGCCAGAAGGUUCUAGUGACGAAGUUUUGUUAAAGAUCUACUAUAUAAGGGCUGCCGGAUUGUGCAGCAGACACAGUUCUAGUUAGAGUGAUAUGAGCAAUUAAGAUAUAAUUAAGAAGUCGUGAAUUCGGAUGACUAGUAACGCGUUAAGUGGUAUAAGUGUAUAGCUAUAAAAUUAAGACUUUUAUUUAACAAACCAGUGAUCCAACAAGGUAGGUAAGAGUUAGAAGGUAGGCGAUUUAUCGGGAAAUCCGUUAAAAUUUGAACCCAAGUCUUUUUGUCUGAUCACGAGCACUUUGUUGUUUUCCUUUCAUUUCAUUUGAUUUCCAGUUGAAGCAACAUAAGUUGAGGUGUUUGAACUCAAUCUAGUACGUUGUACCCCCAGAAUUUUCAUAUAUAUUUUCUACCAAAAAACGAAGAUAUCAGAUACAAUCGACAUUUACUUUCUAUACGAUCGGAGUUUCCCAUAAUAAAUUAAAAAAUGGUAAACGUAGAAUCGUGGUUUAGAAUAAUAUAUAUAUAUUAUUUAUAACUUAGUGGAUUGGUGUGAUUAUAAUCAUUGUUGUGCCUGAAUUGUACGCCAUUUUAUUAUAUUUAUUUCUAUGUUAUUCGAUAUAUUCUUGAAAGUUUUCAAUAAUAUAAUCCUUUAAAAAAUACCUUUUCAGAAAAGAAGUUAUUAUAUUACACUCCUUUUAUUCAUAUCACUGUGCACGAAAAACGUUGAUUUUAAUCAAGUGAUUUCAGCUGUGUAAAAUUCUUGGGAAUCAUAUGAAUUUUUAGGUACUUGUAUGGCUGUACCAUGGUCUGGGCAAGUGGCAUGUCAAUGAUUGUAAAUGAAAAACAUUAAUGAUAAAUGGUUUUAAUUUAGCGACAGCGACAACUGCAAGUCUGCUGCCGUGAAAGCUUUCGCACAAAAAUGUCACAUUGUACAAGUAAGUAAGUUUAUACAAUGGUUGAUAUAAAGCGAAGCAAAAGUUUUAUGUGAAUCAACCAUAAGUUCCCCUGUACGAAUGCUGUAUAAUUUUCCUCGUUUCUAGUUGCUUGUAUUGAAUCGCUUAUCUUCUUUUGCGGGCUUUUGACAAUUCCCACUCGUUCGCAAUACUAUCAUUCUUUAUGUAGAAUAAACACAUAUAUAAUAUACAUACAUACAUAUAUUCAAGAUUCUCCGACAAAGUCAAAUAAAGGUAUACAGCACUAGUUUAAUCGGACAUUUUUUACUAAGAUGACAUUUUUGGAGUUACUCUUCAUACUUCUAAUUGGUUACUUCUUUAUUUAUCUCCUUCUUUGGUUAAUUUUGGAUUGCAAUGUCGAACUUUGGUACAAUACAUAUUUUGGUUUACCUAUUUCGUCAAUGCGUGGUCAAGUUGUAUGGGUAACGGGAGCUUCAUCUGGUAUUGGCAAAGCACUGGCCCUUAUAUUGGCUAAAUAUGGUGUGCGGUUGGUGAUUUCUGCCAGACGAGAAAACUUGUUGGAAUUACUAAAGAAAGAUUGUCUGGAACAUGCGAAUGGUUUAUUAUCUGAAGAUGACAUACUUGUAAUGCCGAUGGAUGUUUUGAACAUUUCGAAACAUGAAGACUACUUUGAGAGAGUGAUAAAAUACUUUGGCCGUUUAGAUGUGUUAGUCAAUAAUGCUGGACGUUCACAACGAGCAAGCUGGGAAGAAAUAAAAGUUCAAGUUGAUAGAGACCUCUUCGAAUUAGAUGUAUUUUCCGUAGUUAAUCUUUCUCGAAUUGCAGUGCGUUACUUUCUACAGCUACGCAAUGUUCGAGGUCAUAUUGUCACAACAUCGAGCAUCGCUGGAUUGUGUCCAGUGCCUUUUUCAGCUACAUAUUGCGCAGCAAAAUCUGCUAUUAAUGCAUACCUGAACGCUCUUCGACUUGAACAAAGUAGUAUUGAUGUCAGCAUAUUUUGCCCUGGUCCCAUCGCUACAGAUUUCCUCCAGGAUGCAUUUACCGCGAACCCAGAACAGACGUAUGGAAAAAGCACAAAAGGUCAAAAACGAAUGACAGUGGAAAGAUGUGGCACAUUGUUUGCUACAACGAUUGCAAAUAAAUUAGAUCUGUCGUGGUGUGGAUUGUUUCCAGUAAAUUUUUUGGCACAUGCUACUCGUUAUCCAGGACUAGCAAAAAUAAUUUCCAAACUAAUGGGUAAAAGCACAAUGAACAAAAUACGUGAAGGGAAAUUAUAAUUUUGUGCUUUUUAAAAGUCACAAGAUGAUGAAGCAAUGUUGUUAAAUUUAGAAAGCUAAUCCAUUAACGUUACUUAUUAAACUAAUUUUAAUAAUAAGAAAAAAUUAGUCGUAUCGCUGGAAAUUAUAUAUUUUUUAAAUGUAAAUACAAGUUUAUUUUAAUAUUAAUAAUCACAAAAAUCAAAGGAAAGGUAA